AUGGCCAACAGCGAAUACGAAUAUGUUCGACACUUUGAGCAGUGGGACCCUUCACCACCGUCAAACUGGAUAGUCGUACGCAUCGACGGUCGAGGUUUCACAAAGCUCUGCAAAAAGUACGACUUUGCCAAACCCAACGACCGCCGAGCAAUCGACCUCAUGAACGCAGCAGCAGUCGAAGUCGUGCGCUCAUUUGUUGAUAUAGUCCUUGCCUAUGGGCAAAGCGAUGAGUACAGCUUCAUCUUCCACGAGUCGACAACGCUGUUUGAGCGACGAGCUGCGAAAUUAGCUACUUCGGUCGCCACGGCUUUUACAGCAGAAUACUGUAUGCAAUGGUCUACUUUCUUCCCAGACUUGCCACUCGAGCGUCCUUGGCCCACAUUCGAUGGACGCUGUGUCUGUUACCCCAAGCGCAAGAUUCUACGGGAUUACCUCUGCUGGAGACAAGCGGACUGCCACAUUAACAAUCUCUACAACACGACUUUCUGGAACAUGGUUAUGAAGGGUGGAAUGAGUGCUACUGAUGCCGAGCAAGCUCUGAAGGGCACACUAUCCGCGGACAAGCAUGAGAUACUAUUCUCGAAGUUCGGCAUCAAUUACAAUAAUGAGCCGCAGGUAUAUCGAAAAGGCACGGUUGUGUUUCGCUCGUACGACACAGCGGUUCAAACGAAUGAUGUCGGCCAUGACGAUCUUGCGGAGAAGCAAGCCAAUACCCACAGCAAGACCCAGUUACAGAAGGAGCUGAAGCGAAAGCAGAAGGCGAUCAUUGCAACCGGACAUAUUGACAUUAUCGGGAACGCCUUCUGGGACGAUCAUCCUUAUAUACUUACCGGCAAGCGAGGCGAGGACUUUGGUGAAUAA